CCUCCCAGAGUCUCGCGAGAGCCGCCCGCUCCCCUUUCUGCGCGCGCUCCCCGGGCCCGGCCUCUUUCCGCCAUCGUCCCGCGCCGCCGCCAUGGUGCGCAUGAACGUGCUGGCCGACGCGCUCAAGAGCAUCAACAACGCCGAGAAGCGCGGCAAGCGCCAGGUGCUCAUCCGGCCGUGCUCCAAGGUCAUCGUCAGGUUCCUCACCGUCAUGAUGAAGCACGGCUACAUCGGCGAGUUUGAGAUCAUUGAUGAUCACCGCGCCGGGAAGAUCGUCGUGAACCUUACAGGCAGGUUGAACAAGUGUGGCGUGAUCAGCCCCAGAUUUGACGUGCAGCUCAAAGAUCUAGAAAAGUGGCAGAACAACCUGCUCCCGUCCCGUCAGUUCGGUUUCAUUGUACUGACAACCUCAGCUGGCAUCAUGGACCAUGAAGAAGCAAGACGAAAACACACAGGAGGGAAAAUCCUGGGAUUCUUUUUCUAGAGAUGUAAAACUAUGAGCAAAUAAAAAGCCUCACUGGA